CGCCUUUGCACAAGGCCCUGUCUCGCACGACGCUUUCACGCACAGGAAUGCCUGCACAACCCACCUGCGCCAAGCCGUCGAAGGCAUACCUGGCGGAGUGCAAGAAGAAGCUCGACCCUGAGACCAAGCAAGACGACGGGGGGAACCCCAUCGCCGACGGCCUCAAAGGCCUGGCGAACGCGAUCGACAAGUACCUCCUCUCGCUCAACGUCGGAAAGUAUGAGGGCCCCCCGACUGACCCCGACGAGGACGGAUGCGUGUACCGCGAGACCGGCAAGGGCGUGCUGCGCGCCAAGGUCAACCCCUUCGGCGUGAGCGUCGCCCGGGUCACCAUCGGCUGGGUGAAGUCGAAGGAGAAGAAGGUGGGCGAGGAUUGGGAGGUCGUCCCGCCCCCGGUUGGCGAGGGGCUCGUCCAGUAUGCCGGCGAGGGGCUCACCACCGUCCGCUCGCUCGGCUUCGUCAACAAGAAGAAGCCGCAGCCGCCGGCCUAG